AUGCGAGGAUCGCAGUUGUUAGCAGGAGUUCUGCUGUUGGGGACUUGCCUGUCGCUGGUGAACUCCCAAAUCCCAGGAUUCGGAACCUGUCCGGAUUACUCGCCCAUACAACGCUUCAAUCGGACUCGCUUCCUCGGAACGUGGUACGAGAUCGAGCGAUAUUUCACCGUCACUGAGGUCGCCACCAAGUGCGUAUCGGUGACUUAUGAGCAGCGAGCUGACGGGAAGAUCUACGUCCGAAAUGCGUACACCAAUCGGUUCAACGGCGUGGAGAGGAUCAUCUCUGGGGUGAUGGAUAAAGGUGGUCGAGCGAAGGAUGGGCGCUAUCAGAUCGAGUACACCUCAUUCCCGUACAACUAUAACGCGUCGGUGAUGGUUCUGGACACGGACUACGAUAACUUUGCCGUGCUGUUUUCCUGCAGCUCUUUCGGACCAGUCGGUCAUGCUGUAUCCGCUUGGAUGAUGGCACGCGAACGCCUUCCCGGAGGACCAAUCCUACAACGAGCCUACGGUGUGUUGGAUAAGUACAAGAUCUCGCGGACGUUCUUCUUGCGCACUAAUCAGGACGAUUGUGUGACAUUGGCACCUCCACAACCAGCGAUCGAUCCAACGGAACCAAACAUCCAGGAUGCUCGCAAUGAAGGAGUCAUCGUGCGUAAUGAAGACGAUCUGCAGCAGUUGCGUAGCGAUAUUUUUGCCGUUGGACCGGAACCCAGCAAACCGAUCGAUUCCGUUCUAGAAGAUCAUCAGUAA